UCUGUACCCAUUCACAGCUGUUCCAGGCUUAACAUGAGUCGGAAUUCCAACGCAGCAAUACAUGCAUUGCAUGUCUGAAUAACUUAAGCAAUAUUUAGUAAAUAGUUUGUUUAAUAUGUGGGCAGAUACUAUUUUAAUAGUGUUUAUCAGUAUUUGCACUGCUUUGCUAGGAGAAGGUUUAACAUGGCUAAUGGUUUAUCGAACAGAAAAGUAUCAAAAAUUGAAGGCUGAGGUGGAGAAACAAAGUAAAAAGUUGGAAAAGAUAAAAGAGGCGCAUGGCGAUUCAUUGGACAAACAGCAAAAGAAAAAGAUAGAACGAGAGGAGGAGAGAUUAAAAAACAACAAUAGGGACUUGUCUCUUGUGAAAAUGAAAUCAAUGUUUGCAAUUGGAUUUGCAUUCACAGCUCUUUUGAGUAUGUUUAACAGCAUUUUCGAUGGCAGAGUUGUGGCAAGGUUGCCUUUUAUUCCGAUCAGUUGGAUACAAGGUUUGUCACAUAGGAACCUUCCUGGCGAUGAUUACACAGAAUGUUCAUUUAUCUUCCUUUACAUACUUUGUACAAUGAGCAUAAGACAGAAUAUUCAAAAAAUGCUUGGAUUUGCACCAUCCAGAACUGCAAGCAAACAAAGUGGAAGCAUCUUUGGUCCUCCACCACAGCAAUUUAAAUAAAGUUAGUCAAAUAUUAAAUUGAUUACUACAUAUUUCAUAAUUAUAUAGUUAAAUUUCGGUGAGGUGACAUUAUUCGAUUUUAUGAAUGACUGUUAUGCAUAAACAUUUCAUUACGUGCACAUUGAAAUUAAAAUAUAAAAUGUAUGUACUUUAUAUGUAUAUAGUAAAUUAUGAAUAUAUUUAGUUCAUA